AUGGGAAAUAAAAAGGAUACUCAGAAGGUCAAGGACACCAAGACCAACUUUAGGUGGUCACAAUCAAGGCAGAAUUUAUUACUUGAGAUACUUGCAGAUGAGGCUCUUCAUGUAAACAAGCAAUCCAACACAUUUAAACAUGCAUCAUAUGCUAAAGUAGCUGAAGCAAUUACUGAGAAAUUUAUGAUUGAAUGUACUCCAAAGCAUGUGGAACAUCGUUUUAAAACACUUAAAACCAAUUGGAAUACAAUUGCAUUACUUCGUAAUAAGAAAAGCAGGUUUGGAUGGAAUGAUGAUUUGAAAAUGAUCACCUGUGAUAGGAUAGUGUAUGAUGAAGAAGUCGAGGCACAUCCAAAUCAUGCACAAUUUCUAAACAAGAAAAUUGAGAUGUUUGAUGAGAUGGCUUUGGUUGUGGGUAAGGAUAUGGCUACAGGAGGUUUUUCCAAGGGAGUAGGUGAUAUAGGUGUAGAAGCGUUGGAUGACUCACCUUCGCUUGUUGAUGCUGAUGUUGAUGACAUAUCCAAAAAGAAGCAAGUUGAUCCCUCACAUGUGGCCUCAAGUGAAACAAGGUCUCACAGGAAACGAAGUCAUGCUACUAUGAUUGAAGAUGCUGUUUACCAAGAUUUGUCCAUACAACUUGGUAAGGUUGCUUCUGCAAUAGAAAAGAUUUCUGAAAAUUAG